AGGCCAACUCCUUACUCAGGAAGCUUGAUGGCCAAGGUCAUAAAGAUUGGACAUGUUGCAAAAUUUAAGAACAGUAAUGGAGAAGAUGCUGAGCUAAUAAACUUUAGCUUGGUCGACAAAACUGGUGCAAUUCUAGCAACUUGUACGGACAAAGGAAAAGAGAGAAUAAUUAAAGAAGGGAAAACUCUUCACAUUAGAGAAUUUAUCAUUAAAAAUGGGAAGGUGGCCAUGUCUCACAAAACAAAGGUCAUGGCAAAAGCAAGCAUGUCCAUUCCAGACUCCAUGGUAGAAAGAGCAGAACACCUCAUUCUCCCACCAUCCCCAGUCAGAAAGGUGGAAGAACUCUUAGCAUCACCAUUGAGAACAAUCUCAACAGUGCAGGGACAGCUGUCAAAGAUUGAAUCUACUAGAACUGUGAAAGUGAAUGAUUCAGACACUGUCAUCAGGACAAUAAGCAUACAGGAAGAUGGUAAGAAGAUCGACAUAAUCCUGUGGCGUGAAAUGGCUGAAGAGGACCUGAAAAUCGGCCAGUAUUUGUCCAUAUCACACUGUAUGUUAAAUGAAUGGCAGUUGCAAAAGACUUUGAACACUACAAGAAACUCCAAAAUACAGAUCAUUCAGCCUCUGACAACAACUGUGAGAGGCCACAUAGAGGCAUUGACACUCGAUGAAGUAGCAGUGGAGAUUGCAGUCAAAGAGCAUUUGAAAGAAGAAUACAAAGAUUUAACAGUUGACUUAGCCCUUCUAAGAACACACUUUCCCGAGACUGGAGAUGUCAGAAACGAACAUCUGGAAGAUUACCUGCUUGAAAAACUUCCAAUUGAGGCUGAACUGAUAGUACAAGGGUCAAAUGUGCAACACUUGACACUGAUUGAGCCAGCAGGAGACAUGGACUAUUCCACUGAGCUAUAG